AUGUCUUGCCUGACGAGUGCGGCAUACCCGCCAUCGCUCUCUGCACAAGAGACGGAGCAUCUGGUCAACACCAUCAGUGACUGGUCUGCAGGCAACGGUCUGGUGGUUCGGCCUCGGCCGACUGUUAUUUCUGCAGAGGCCGAUCCCAAGGGCAUUGCUUCUAUUAAUGCGCCGGUGACGCUGUUUCCUAGUCCAUUUCCCCGGCAGUGCUUUGCCCAAGCCCUCGGGGUGCAGACUACCUAUAACGAGCUCUAUGCCGCUGUGAGCAGCAACGAACAGUUCAUCGAAGACACUGUUAAUCAAGUCAUUGAAGGCGAUGAGUUUAUCAAGAACUUGUGGACCGUUCACCAAAAGGUCAAGGCUGAAGGAUACACACAGUCUCUGUCGCUGGGCAUUUUUCGCUCCGACUACAUGGUACAUCAAGACAAUACGACAAGCUCGCCCACAUUCCAGGUCAAGCAAGUUGAAUACCUCUCCACGAGGGAGUACCCUCUGUUGAAGAAUGCCAUCCCUACUGAUAUGAUGGAGCUUCCAUCAAACAACAGCAUCCCCGGCCUGGCAGCUGGGAUAGAAACGGCUUUUUACGCAUACCCUGCUUCUGAGCUGGGUCACGCAAAGUGCAUACUUUUCCUGGUACAGGAUGGUGAACGCAACGUCUUUGACCAGCGCCAUCUCGAAUACCGUCUUGCCGAAGUUGCCCCCGAGGUGCCUCUUUUCCGACUGACCUUCUCCAACAUUAAAAAGCACACAUCCAUUGCCGACACGCCUAAGCGCCAGCUCCUUUACCACCUACCGCAGAAUCCCGAGAAGACGUACGAGGUCGCCGUCGUCUAUCUGCGCGGCAUGUACGACCCUAGCGACUUCCCUGACCAGGACGCGUGGGAUGCACGCUACCACAUUGAGAGAUCGUCCGCCAUCAAGUGCCCUACGGUGCUGACGCAGCUGGCCGGCACGAAGAAGGUGCAGCAAGUCUUGGCCACGCCGCAGCCCCCCUCGGAGCCGUCCGUCCUGGGCAAAUUUAUCAAGGCCGCCCCCGCCGACCACGUCGCCGAGCUGUCCAAAACGUUUACCAACAUAUACCCCAUGGAUACGUCGCCCGCGGGCCUGGAGGCGCGCAAGAAGGCGCUCGACCCGGCGCUGGCCGAGGCGUACGUGCUGAAGCCGCAGCGCGAAGGUGGCGGCCACAACAUCUACAGAGGUGCCAUCCCGGCGUACCUCGAGUCGAUACCCGAGGCGCACUGGAGCUCGUACAUUUUGAUGGAGCUCAUCACGCCGCCGCCCGUGUCGAACCUGAUUUUGCGCAACGGCAAUGUGGAAAAGGGUGGCGUCAUCUGCGAGCUCGGCAUCUACGGCACCUGCUUGUGGGACCAGAAGACGGACGAGAUACAUCACAAUGAACAGGCGGGGUAUCUGCUGCGUACCAAGGGAGACAAGAGCGAAGAGGGCGGCGUAGCAGCGGGUUUCGGCUGCAUGGACAGCUGUCGUCUUGUCUAG